AUGCUCCAGGCCCAGCUCGCGCAGGCUCUGACUACCGGGCCACUUGGAAAUGCUUCAUCGCAGAGCUCGCCUGGCGGCGGCGCGCUCGGCCUCGAAGACAACCAGGGUGGCCGCCGCAGCACCUCCGCUCGACUCAGAGCUCAUCUGUUCUGCUUGCCGCGCCUGUCCCAGCGCGUUGCCCACCUCUUGGUUGUUGUGGCCAACGCGCUGCAGCUCCUCCUCAUGAUUGCCUUCCUCUCGCUGCUCCUCGCGCGGCUGGACGGGCAUUUGAGCUGCGGGUACUCGCUGAUUUUCGUGCCCCUGUGGGUCUCCGACGCCAUCACCUGUGUGACGGGGCUCUCCGAAACCGCGCGCGUGCUUCGCGCGCCCUCUGACUCGCCCAAGCGCAACGCGCUCAUCAACCAAGUCAACCGGCUCAAGGGCUGCGUCUGCGUCGCCGCCUUCAAGGCGCUCGUCGCUUUGCGGCUCGACGGCACGUGGCCGAGCACGCCGGUGUACGUCCUCUGCUCGCCAUACUACGCCGCGGCGGUGCUGCGCCUCGCCCUCCACUUCUGCAAGAGGCCGCUCGAGGCCGCGCCGCGAAGGACCGCCUGCCAGCGCGCCCUCUUCCUGCUCUGCUUCGUCAUCCUCGUCACCAUCACGACCUCGGGCUCGCUCUUCCUCGCCGCGCUCACCCGCCGGCUGGACUCGCCGACUUCGCGCGUCACCAACGCCGCCAUCAUCGGACCCGCCCGUGCCCGCUUGUGGUAG